GCUUUUCUCCGCUUCCUUUUCUCUUUCUCUUUUCCUUUUCGCCAUUUCUUUUGUCCUCCACAGGGGAGAGAGAGAGAGAGAGAGAGAGGGAGAGAGAUAAAGAGAGAGGGGGUCGGCGGCCAUGGCGGCGUCUAUGAGGUGGCUUCCGCUGCUGGUUCUCGGGCUUUUGGCGGUUGUAGCUGGAGGCUUGGGGUGGAUUGGGGGCCAGAGCUUCUUUGUUUCCAGGAAUGGAGGAGGAAUUGGGAGGAGGACGUUGAGAGAAGGCCAGCCGCCGGCGAAUGAGACAUCUUCGAGGCCUGUGCUGGAGGCAGUGAUGGGCGCCGUUGAUGACCCGGACAUGGUUGCUUCCAUGGUGCAAAUGAGCAUAAGGAACAGCAGCGCACGCCGGGCGCUCGGAUAUCUUUCUUGUGGAACCGGCAAUCCGAUCGACGACUGCUGGCGCUGCGAUCCCGCCUGGCACCACCACCGCAAGCGGCUGGCCGACUGCGGCAUUGGCUUCGGCCACAAUGCCGUCGGCGGGCGCGACGGGCGUCUCUACGUGGUGACGGAUCCCGGGGACGACGACCCCGUGAACCCGCGCCCGGGGACGCUGCGCCACGCCGCCAUCCAGGACGAGCCCCUCUGGAUCGUCUUCAAGCGCGACAUGGUCAUCACCCUCAAGCAGGAGCUCAUCAUGAACAGCUUCAAGACCAUCGACGGCCGCGGCGCCAACGUGCACAUCGCCAACGGCGCCUGCAUCACCAUCCAAUUCGUCACCAACAUCAUCAUCCACGGCCUCCACAUCCAUGAUUGCAAGCCAACCGGGAACGCCAUGGUCCGCAGCUCUCCUUCCCACUAUGGCUGGAGGACGAUGGCUGAUGGUGACGCCAUCUCCAUUUUUGGCUCCAGCCACGUAUGGGUGGACCGCUGCUCUCUCUCCAACUGCGCCGACGGACUCGUUGAUGCCGUCAUGGGCUCCACUGCCAUAACCAUCUCCAACAACCACUUCACCCACCAUAAUGAGGUGAUGCUUUUGGGUCACAGCGAUUCCUACGAGAGAGACAAGGGCAUGCAAGUCACCAUCGCAUUCAACCACUUCGGUGAAGGCCUAAUUCAGAGAAUGCCGAGGUGCAGGCAUGGUUACUUCCAUGUGGUAAACAAUGACUACACUCAUUGGGAGAUGUAUGCCAUUGGUGGGAGUGCAAGUCCAACCAUCAACAGCCAGGGCAACCGAUACCUUGCCCCGGCCAACCCCUUCGCCAAGGAGGUUACUAAAAGAUUGGACGCGCCCUCAGGUGUCUGGAAGAGUUGGAAUUGGAGGUCGGAGGGUGACAUGCUGCUCAAUGGUGCCUACUUCAUUCCCUCUGGAGCAGGAGCUUCAAUGAGCUAUUCAAGGGCCUCCAGCCUUGGGGCGAAGCCUUCUUCUAUGGUUGGCACUAUAACUUCAGAAGCAGGGCCCCUUUCGUGCCGCAAGGCUGCUCAGUGCUGAUUCCUACACCCAUCUACAGCUUGCAAGAACAGCAGGAAUGUAUCACUCUACUACAAAGUGUUGCAAUUUCUUUUAUCGACCAUGCGAUUCCCCUUGCCAACCUUCGCCUGCUCGCAUACUGAUUUGAGUUUGAAGCAGGUGCAGCAGCGUCGCUGAUUUAUUUUGUUCCUGGUUUUUCUCCUUGGGAUAUUUGCUUAUGUCUUUCUGUUAUACUCUCCACAACUUCACCUGUCUCCCAUUGUCCAAGGAUUGAUUGGCUUUUGGAUGUUACCUUUUCUACGUAUGGAAUUUACAUACAUGCGAAUGAUUGAUAUUAAUAUGGCAUGCAAAUCUGUUGUAAUCGAUGCAUUAAGGAAGAGUUCUAUUAUCUACAA